UUCACUGCCCAGCGAGUCGUAUAGAAUUGGGACUUGGGAGUGAAACAACGAAUUAAGGAGAGUAGAAGAGGGACCAUCGAAGGACUAGAAGAAGCUCAUAUCAUUUGAUCGUCUGCUCCCGAUGACUAACCAUAGAAGUUAAUUUCAUCCCGCUCAUUCCAGUGUUUAUCCUACGUAAAAAAUGGCUGAAUUCGAUGAGUACGAGUCUUUGCCUACCUCGAACUCCACUACACACAUGAUUGCAGGUUCCAUGGCUGGAAUUUUAGAACAUUGUGUGAUGUAUCCAAUUGACUCCGUUAAGACGCGUUUACAAAGUCUCGUAAGCGCCAAUCGAAGCCUCGGAUCGGUGCUCGUGACCAUGAUCAGGGACGAAGGAGCGAUGAGACCUCUGCGUGGCAUCGGGGCCACGGUAGCCGGUGCUGGACCAGCUCACGCCUUGUAUUUUGCCGCAUAUGAGAAAUUGAAAGUUGGUUUUACAUCGACCGGCUCAGCACAUCAUAAUUACUUGGCCCAGGGAGCAGCUGCCUCCGCUGCGACUGUACUACAUGAUGGAAUUAUGACACCAGCGGAAGUGGUGAAGCAGCGAUUACAGAUGUACAACAGCCCCUUCCGAUCUAUGACUGAGUGUGCUAUAAAAGUCUACCGCUCUGAAGGACUUUCUGCUUUCUACCGUUCUUACGGUACGCAGCUAGCCAUGAACGUACCUUUCCAAUGCGUGCACUUCAUAGUUUAUGAGGCUAUGCAAAAUGCCACCAACCCAGAACGCACCUAUAACCCCAUGGGUCACGUCGUCUCCGGCGGAGUUUCAGGAGCUCUAGCAGCAGCCCUAACCACUCCGCUUGACGUCUGCAAAACUCUGCUGAAUACUCAGGAAGCUGAGGUUCUACAGCGGGCGCAGAAGACACAAAUCAGCGGGUUUUUCAACGCUGCCAAAAUGGUUUAUCGGCUGGGUGGCGUGGGAGGCUUUUUCCAGGGCUUGCAAGCACGCGUACUAUUCCAAGUACCCUCGACGGCCAUUUGCUGGUCCGUGUAUGAAUUUUUCAAAUACUUUUUGACUAAGAACGGCCUCAGUGACGGGGGUGAUGGUGAUAAAGUGACGUAUGAAAAGCAAGACACAAGAAUGAGCGGAGGGUCAGGAGCAGGUUACCCGAUCAACUCGUUGAACGACAUUUCAUCAAACAGCGCUAUCGUUGGUGGUGUGACUUUGGGAGCCGGUCACGUCCUAAUGAAAGAGGACCUACUUCCUACCGGAUCCGCCGCAAGUUCGGCGCUAUCAGCCGCCCGUGCCUUGGGUGCUGUGUGAAUGUUUCCACCCCCUAUGUUACAUUUGACAACAACAACAACAAAAAGUAGAAUAAGAAAUUCAAACAGAUCGGGAAGCAUCCCACCCACCCAAUCUUUAGAUAUCCUCUCAUUUUCGUUUCUUUCUCUAUUCGACAACCUUAAUUUCGGAUCUUUCUUGGAACCAUUUUUUUUUUUUUUUUUUUGCUUUAUCACAUAUUCAGUUAAUCAGUUCGUAGGAUCACCUUAACGCAUCGUUAUUCGUUAAUUUUUUUUUUCGCAGUUCGUAGCAUCUCUUUUGUUUAUCUUCUUCGUUUUCCCUAUUCUUCUAGGUUUUAUCCAUUUCCGAUGCAGCUGUUGCCUCGGUGGGGUGAUUAGCCUUAAGAUGAGGCAAUCCUUCAGAUCUGAGUCUUCUAGUCUGUGAUGUCACUUUUCCUUUAUGCCCGCUUUACUUUUUAGACGUUACCAGUAACCAAUACAGGGUCGUCCAAAAGGAAGCGAAGAAAUAAUAAUUCUAUUCCCCCCCCCCCUUUUUUUUAUCUGCCAGUCCUACAAUCUCUCUUCAAAUAACCUCAAGCCUUCCGUGCAGAAAGCAACGAUGAAGCUAUUUUCUAUCACAGUGAUAGUGUUUUCGAAUUGGAACUAACCAAAUUACGAAGGAAAAGAAACUUUUUUUUUUUUUUUUUUGUCCUAAAGAAAAACUGCACAAAAGAUGGCGCUUGAGUUCCAGAGUGAACUAAGUUUGCCAUCGUUAAAAUGGUGCGGAUUUUUUUUUUUUUCCUAGCCUUUAGAUUGCAGAUAUUUCCCCCUUUGAACGUUAUCCUUUUAUUUGGGUUUUCUGGGUUCUUUUUUUUAAUUGUUUCUUCUUUCCUCACAUCCUAGAUGAUGUAGAGAGCGAGAGACAUUGAAGAAAACCAUAGAUUUACUUUAUGGAUACUGCGAACGGAAUCAUCUUUUUUCCCCUACGCCCUUAAGCCUCCUGUCGCUCGAUUAUUGUCAAUACCCAGUGAAGGUUUACUAAAAUUGAUGUUCUUCAGAAGGUUGGGGCACUACAUUUAUGCGUAGUGUUGAUGCCAAUGUAAAAAAUAAAAAAAAAAAGGAUAGAGAAAUCAGCAAAAUAAAUAAAUGAAACAAACAAAAAAUGGAAUCGAUUUCUACUAGUAAGGUUGGUUUGAGUACUAUUUUGGCUAGUUACCUACGCUACUAUGUAAUAAAGAGAAUUACGGCCGCCCAAAUGGCUCGUGUCGUAUAAACGUUUGAUUGUAUCAAUAAACACUUGAUCCUUGGGACUAAA